UAUAAUUUACUCAAUAAGAUGAAAGAAAAAAACAGAAGUCAGCUGAUUUAUGAUACUUUAAUCAUACAAGAGAUAGUUUUCAAGUCUCAAUAAUUAAUUACAAACAAGUUAAAAAAAGAAUUCCUCAGGAAUAAAUUAAAAAAUUCCAAAACAAAAAAUCAUCAGAUUAAUUCCAGUAACCACGACCAAGUGUUAGUGCCUAUAAAAAUUCCAUCACAAAAAAUAAACAGUGACGUGAAACCCUAACCUCAAAGCAUGUAAUGCAUCGCGUAAAUACCCAUCUUCGAACCGAAAAUUCUUCCAGUGAGUCCAGAAAAAUGACUCCUUAUUUCCUCCGAAAGAACCACCAGCUAGUGUCUAGCUAUCACCGGAACAUAAUCCUGUCUUUAUUCGCGAUAGUGACAAGUGCGUUAACCCUGACAAUCAUCUACCACCUCUUCGGAUACGUAAACACCUCCAAAGAAGUGAUCUAUUCUCGAAUUUCAAUCGACGCAGAAACCUUGGCGUCUCUCCCCCAAGUGACAGUCUCGAGAUCCCUCAAAUCCUCACCAAAGAACCUAACCUGCACACACUUCACCUGCUUCAACGUGUAUCGGUGCGGACAGGAGGGCAGCAAACUGCUGAUCUACGUCUACCCCCUGGAAAGUUUCUUCGACGAGGACGGCACAAUAAUAAACAACUUAUCCCGUGAAUUUCUGCAGAUCCUCCAAGCGAUAAUCCGGAGCAAGUUCUACACCCCGGACCCUUACCAAGCAUGUCUGUUCGUGCCUUCAAUAGACACGUUGAACCAGAACAGGCUGAACGUCCAAGCAGUGAGUCGCGCGCUCGCCUCCCUGGAGUUCUGGAACCAUGGUGAGAACCACCUGAUCUUCAAUUUAGUAUCCGGCGUCUUCCCGGACUACAACACCAGCCUGGACGUGGACAUCGGCAAAGCGAUUCUCGCCGGUGCAGGAUUUUCUACUCUAACUUUCAGGAACAACUUCGACCUGAGCAUUCCAGUGUUCACCUCCAGGAACGCUUUGGUUCCUGGAACCGAGUCAGAAGGUAAGCACUUGAUAAUCUCCGCACAAAUUAACAUAAACAUCGCCUUCGAGCAGGACCUGCAGGACAUAAACACCAACAACGAGAUCCUGAUCCUCCACCCGUGCCUGAACCACAACCCGAUGAGCAGUUCCGUCCGCUGCAAGAACUCCAGGGUCUAUAAGUACCCAGAAGUCUUGAACUCGGGGAUCUUCUGCCUGGUGAUCCGCUCAGCCAGGUACGGACAAACCGUCCUGAUGGACUCUUUAGCCGCUGGAUGCAUUCCAGUAAUUAUUUCAGACUCUAUCGUGAUGCCUUUUGGAGAUCUGAUCGACUGGAAGCGCGCUGCGGUGUUUGUCCGCGAGGUUGAUAUCUUGGGGGUCAUUUCCACGCUGAAGAAUAUUUCUGCGACCCGCAUUGAAGAACUAAGAAGCCAAGGUCAGUGGUUGUGGAACAGGUACUUCAAUUCUGUUGAUGCUAUUGUCAACACGGGGCUGGAGAUCAUCAACGAUAGGAUUUUUCCCCAGGAAAGCAAGGACUAUAAUUACUGGAACAGCAGGGUUAGUUCUUCCCCGCUGUUUUUGCCGGUCACUGCGCCUAAAACUCAUGGGUUCACUGCUGUUAUCUUGACUUAUGACCGAGUAGAGCUCCUGUUCUCGCUGAUCACCAAGAUUGCCCAGGUUCCGAGCUUGUCUAAGAUCCUGGUGGUCUGGAACAAUGUUAAGAAAGACCCACCGAUCUCUGCCAGGUGGCCCAAGGUCAACAAGUUGCUCCAGGUGAUCAGGACCAAGGAAAAUAAAUUGUCUAACAGGUUCUAUCCGUAUGAUGAGAUUGAAACUGAAGCAGUCUUGUCGAUUGAUGAUGACAUCGUGAUGCUCACCGCGGACGAACUUGAGUUUGCUUAUGAAGUCUGGAGGGAGUUUCCGGAUAGGAUUGUUGGGUUCCCUUCUAGGACUCACACCUGGGACAAUGAGACACAGUGCUGGAGGUACGAGAGCGAGUGGACUAAUGUCAUUUCUAUGGUACUCACUGGUGCUGCUUUUCAUCAUAAGUAUUGGAUGUAUUUGUAUACUACCUCCAUGCCUGGGGAUAUUAAGUGGUGGGUUGAUGCGCAUAUGAAUUGCGAGGAUAUUGCUAUGAAUUUUUUGAUUGCUAAUACUACUGGUAAGAGUCCGAUUAAGGUUACGCCUAAGAAGAAAUUCAGGUGUCCAGAGUGCACUAAUACUGAAAUGCUGUCCGCUGAUUUAGCACACAUGGCUGAACGGACUAAGUGUAUUAAUAAGUUUACUAGGAUUUAUGGACACAUGCCUCUUAAGUCGGUUGAGUUUAGAGCUGAUCCGGUUUUGUUUAAGGAUGUGUUCCCGGAGAAGCUCAAGAGGUUCAAUGCUAUCAAGAGCUUGUAAUUUUUUUUGUAUUCAUCAUAGUGACUAUUUUAAUCAAAGACUUAAUUAAGUGAACAUUUGAGGAUUAAUUAUCGAUAGUAAACAGUAUAUUUAAAACCAUGAAAAGCUGUUAUUGUUAUUAUUAUUAUUAUUAUUAUUAUUAUUAUUGUGCAGUGCGCGAAUCUAACCUAGUAAUAUAGUUUGACAUAUUAAAUUACGAUGAAAUGUCAAA